UCCCAACAUGGGUAGUGAAGAAACACAAAACAAAAUAAAAAUACCAGAUCAGGUAAAAGGGAUUUGGACUUUUUCUACUAUACAUUCUUCCUGCACAAGGUCAAAGAUCAAAACAGAGCGGAGAAGUUUUUUAAAAUCCAAAUCGUCAAUACGGAGUUGGAGUGGGGUUUUUGGAGAAGAAUUGCGGUCUCGCUAGAUUUUAGCGAGUUGAGCCGCCGCGAUGGGAGAAUAUAGUAAAGCUGCAUCUUCCCUACAUUUACCAUAACUUCUCGGGUGUUUGUGUGCCCGGCACGCCGCAAUACGGGUUUGUAAAUUCGAACUAGAAAUUGAAGCGUGUAACGAUCACGGUUCGAAUCCUGCCUGCAAUCUCCCCACUCCUCCUCCUUCUUGUAUUGUAGAAAGAGCGGGAGAAUGGCAGAAUUGGGGCAGCAGACGGUACAGUUGUCAGAAUUAGUGAAGAGAGCAGCGGAGGAUUCAUUUGUAGCACUUGAGGAACUCAUCCAAAACUUGGCUUCUCAACCUCAGUCCGAUGCCAACAAGAAAAUCGGCCUCCUUAAAUAUAUUAACAAAACCAGGCAACGAUUGCUUCGACUUCACGUACUUACCAAGUGGUGCACGCAGAUUCCUUUGGUCCGGUACUGCCAGCAACUUGAAGGAAGUUUGUCAAGUCAUGACAUGUGUUUUACUCAAGCUGCUGAUACACUAUUCUUUACACACGAGGGACUACAGCAAGCACGCCAACCUGUUUAUGAUGUUCCAUCUGCUCUUGAAAUCCUUCUUACAGGAACCUAUUGUCGCUUACCUAAAUGUGUUGAAGAUAUGGGUAUGCAAACGGCCCUUGCAGGAGAAGAGCGGGAGUUAGCCUUGCCAAAGCUGGACACACUGUUACGAUCACGAUUGCUUGAAGCAUCUCUUCCAGAUGAAAUUUCGAGUGUCAUGGUGUCUGAUGGUAGAGUGGUGCUUUGUGUUGAUGGUGAAUUCAAAGUUCAGCUUACACUUGGGUAUCGUGGAAAUUUAUCUUUAUGGAGGAUACUGCAUUUAGAGUUGCUUGUAGGAGAGAGGAGUGGACCUCUAAAGAUUGCUGAAAUACAGCGGUUUAAUAUUGGUGAUGAUUUGGAGCGCAGAAUGGCUGCAGCAGAAAAUCCUUUUGCAACUAUGUAUUCUAUCCUGCAUGAGUUCUGUAUUGCAUUAGUUAUGGAUACCGUGCUGAGACAGGUGAAUACUCUACGUCAAGGUAGAUGGAAAGAUGCAAUACGCUUUGAGCUUAUUUCUGAUAACAACUCAGGGCAGGAAGGUAACACUGGUAGUACACAGGUCCCUCCUCCAGAUGGAGACAUUGAUGCAAAUGGGCUAAAAACUCCAGGUUUGAAAGUCAUGUACUGGUUAGAUCUUGUUAAAGGUGUGGGAGGGGCAGAUUCAGGCAAUAUACCUUUUCUCAAAAUUGAGCCAGGGAAAGAUCAACGUAUCAACUGCUCUCACAAUACCUAUGUUAUAGAUCCUUUAACUGGGAAUGAGGCAGAGUUUGUGCUAGACCAGAGUUGUAUAGAUGUGGAAUAUUUGUUACUGAGAGCUAUUUCCUGCAACAUACAUACACGUCUUUCAGAGGUUCAGAGAGUGCUCAAGACCAACAAUCGGCUUUGCCAGGUUGAGGAUGAUAUUAUACUGAAGCAUGCUGGUGAUAAUUCUCAUGCACCUUUGAGUAAGAUAUUGGAAUUUAUGCAAAAGAACCCCUCAACUGAUACAGGGCAACUUGGUGAGGAAUUAUUGUGUGUUCGAGCAUAUGGUCUCUCUUAUGUGGCACUUGGAAUCAACAUCAGGAAUGGACGAUUUCUCCUUCGUUCUUCUAGGAAUCUUAUGUUGUCAUCUGCAGUUACAGAAUGUGAAGAUGCAUUGAAUCAGGGAAGUUUGACACCUGCAGAAGUCUUUAUCAGCCUCCGUAACAAGAGUAUUUUGUAUCUUUUUGCAUCUGUUGGAAGAUUCUUGGGCCUAAAGGUGUAUGAAAAAGGUGUGGCUACGGUUAAGCUACCUAAAUCAAUAAUUAAGGGCUCAGAUUUGCUGCUCAUGGGUUUUCCAAACUGUGGAAAUUCUUAUUACCUUCUAAUACAGUUGGAUAUGGAUUUCAAGGCUCUUUUUACCCUUCUGGAGUCCAAGCAAGACUCAACUAGUAGAUCUGGUCUGCUUUCUGGUCCUAUCCAGAUUUUUCGCUUCAACAAGAUAGACAUUGGAAGAAUGCAAAUGGUGGAACAUGAGGUGAAUCUGAGUCUUUUAGACAAUGAAAGGUUGUGUCUGGAGAAAGAGAUAACAGGAAUCUCAGAUUUAAUUUCAGAAUCAGUGUCUAAUCCUGAUGCAUUUACAGAUUCUGCCUUUCAGGGCCAAGGGUGCUUACAGUCAGGAUUUUCAUCUUUAGCAGAUGAUGUAUUUGAGUUUGACAAGGGAAUGCCAUUAUCUCGGUAUUUACCAAAACAGAAUUAUCUAGCCGAACCUUCACCAUCAAACCAUCUGGGUGCUGUGCAGGGUAUUCAGCAAGGAGGAAAGUUUGGUCUGUCAACUACAUGGGAUAGAAACUCUCAGUAUUCUCUAAUUAAUAAUACCGGAAAAGUUUCUGCUGGAAGCUCACCUUUUAACACUAGGUUGAUGUCUGAAUCAAAUCAUAAGAAUGUACGGCAGACUGGCUCAAGCCCCCUAGCUGGUGGACACAAUUAUGGAGUGAAUACUUCCACACCCAGCCCUGUAAGGAUCCAAUCCUUUAAUAAACUGUCAUCAGCUACAAAGAAUUAUUCUGACCAGGAUCUCACUUCAUCAAAGUCUCCAUUGCAGCUGGGAGACACUUCAGGUUAUCUGUCAAUGGAUGAAGAUCAUCUAAGAAAAGUAAUGGAUUCUCCAAAGGAGGGGCUCCCAUCACUUUCUACUAAUUGGCAAACCAGUUUGUCUUAUACAGCCAGAAUGUCGCCGGCACUCAGGAAUUCCAUUCAACACUCAAGGUCUUCUCUUGUUAAGACUCCAUCUGGUGGUCAAACAUCAACUGUAUUCAAAAGCUCUGCAACUGGCUUGCACAUGAUCCCCCCAGCAUGUCAAACAUUAGACUCUUUAACUUCUCAUGGCAACACAAGUGACACAAUUCCAAAAAUAAGCAGUCGAAAGCGUUGUCUUUCAGAUAUUGUGCAUUCAAUUCCAUCGUUGCAAAGAAUAUCAGCUUAUGGAGAAAGUCAGAAGAAAAGGAAAACCUCUGAAUCAGGCGAUACACAACAUGCUGCUGUUCAGCUAAAUACUUCAGGCACUAUGGGGAAAUUUGUUGGCCGUACGUGUGGAAGCAUUCUUAGAGAAGCUAAUCAUGGGAAAGCACCUUCAAGUAUAUAUGUGUCUGCUCUUCUUCAAGUUAUUAGGCAUUGUUCGUUAUGUAUUAAGCAUGCUCGACUUACAGGUCAAAUGGAAGUCCUUAAUAUCCCAUAUGUUGAAGAUGUGGGCUUGCGAAAACCCUCUGCAGACUUGUGGUUUCGUCUGCCCUCUUCAAAAGAGGAUGCAUGGCAACAUAUUUGUUUGUGUCUUGGUAGACCUGGAAGCACCUACUGGGAUGUCAAGGUAAAUGAUGAACAUUUCAGGGACUUGUGGGAACUUCAGAAAGGUAAAACUGGAACUCCAUGGGGUUCUGGUGUACGAAUUGCAAAUACUUCAGAUGUAGAUUCUCAUAUACGGUAUGGUCCUGAGGGCGUGGUCUUGAGUUAUAGGGUGGUGGAGGACAACAGCAUAAAAAAAUUGGUUGCAGAUUUACAAAGGCUUUCCAAUGCACGCUCUUUUGCCAUGGGCAUGCGAAAACUACUGGAAGUAAAACCAGAGGAAAGAAUAGACACAGGAAAAGAGCUGUCCAACAUGAAAUAUAAUCUAGUGAAAAAGGCCUAUGGUGAUUUGGGUGAUCGUAUGUGGGAUUAUAUGAGAAGAACGUUCAAGAUAGAAGCAGUAGGUCUUAUGAGUCUGUGGUUCAGCUAUGUUGGGCCAAUGCCUGGGAUAAUUGCACGCUUUGUUGUCGAAUGGGAGUCAGGCAAAGAAGGAUGCACAAUGCACGUUUCACCUGAUCAAUUGUGGCCUCACACCAAGUUUUUGGAGGAUUUUAUCAAUGGAGGUGAAGUUGCAUCACUGCUUGAUUGCAUUCGGCUGACUGCUGGACCCUUACAUGCUCUUGCGGGUGCUAUACGACCUGCACGAAUGGUUGGGACAGCUGCAACUGCCAUUAGUUUAGUACCAUCUGGAUUUUCCACAGCUGCUAAAACAAAUGGGUUAAUGAUGUCACAAAGUUUGGCUCAAAACACCACAUCAUCAAUUGUUCAUCAAAGUACAGGGGUAAUAUCUGGUGGGGGGACUAAUGAUGGAGCAGCUAGUGGUAAUUUCAAUGCACAAAAUGGACCCAUUGUAUCAGGUGCUGGGAGAGGAGGACCAGGAAUAGUGCCAAGUUCCCUGUUGCCCACUGAUGUUUCAGUUGUAUUGCGAAGUCCCUAUUGGAUUCGCAUAAUUUAUCGGAAGAAUUUUGCUGUUGAUAUGCGCUGCUUUGCUGGUGAUCAAGUAUGGUUACAGCCUGCUACACCACCAAAGGGUGGCCCUACUGCUGGAGGCUCAAUGCCUUGUCCACAGUUUCGGCCCUUUAUCAUGGAGCACGUUGCCUUGGGAUUGAACACAUUGGAUAAUUCUCUUACUCCACAACCUUUGGGUGCUGGGAACCCAAAUAAUUUAAGUACAAGCAAUGCACAGUCUCCUGCUGCUGGUGGAAACAAAAUGGGCAUUAACUCUCCUGGAGUGUCUCGAUCCACAACAAUACCUGGAAAUCCAGGAACUAUUUUAAAUAGAGUAAACAAUGUAUUGGGAGCACAAAAUCUUGCAGUACUCAAUUCAGGAAUAUCUUUGGCUGGACGUCCAAUGGCUUCAGCAACUGGUGUGCCUGUCCAUGUCAGAGGAGAGCUGAACACUGCAUUCAUUGGACUUGGGGAUGAUGGUGGCUAUGGAGGAGGAUGGGUUCCUCUGGCUGCACUUAAAAAAGUCUUGCGUGGCAUUCUGAAAUAUCUUGGGGUUCUAUGGUUAUUUUCCCAGUUACCAGAUCUUUUGAAAUCAAUUCUGCGUUCAAUUUUGAAAGAAAAUGAAGGAUCACUUCUUAACUUGGACCAUGAGCAACCUGCAUUGCGUUUCUUUGUUGGAGGUUAUGUCUUUGCUGUAAGUGUGCAUCGCGUGCAGCUUCUUUUACAAGUUCUGAGUGUGAAGCGUUUUCACCAGCAACAGCAACAGCAGCAGCAGCAGCAGAACCAAACAAAUGGCCAAGAUGAACUUAGCUCUGCUGAAAUUCAUGAAAUAUGUGACUAUUUUAGUGGCCGAGUUGCUUCGGAGCCGUAUGAUGCUUCUAGAGUUGCAUCCUUUAUUACUUUGCUAACAUUGCCAAUAUGGGUUUUGCGAGAAUUUUUAAAACUCAUUGCUUGGAAGAAGGGAACAUCACAAGGGCAGGGUGGUGAUAUAGCUCCCUCACAGAGAACCCGUGUUGAGUUGUGCUUAGAAUGCCACGUGGGGUCCAAUGCUGAUACAUCAGUGACUGUAGACAACGUAGGCCAGGUUCCUUUGGAGGGAGCAAUUAGUACUGUUGCUAAGAGCAACAUUCAUUAUGAUCGUCCACAUAAUGCAGUAGAUUUUGGACUUACUGUGGUCCUUGAUCCUGCUAAUAUUCCUCAGGUAAAUGCUGCUGGUGGUGCUGCAUGGUUGCCUCAUUGUGUCUCUGUAAGAUUGAAAUAUGCUUUUGGUGAAAAUCCCCACAUGGCCCUCCUAGGCAUGGAAGGUAGUCAUGGUGGGCGUGCAUUAUGGCCACAUAUGGAGGAUUGGGAACGCUGCAAACAGAGAGUGGCUAGAGCAGUGGAGAUUGUUGGGAAUGGAAGUGGAAGUGGUCCAGGUGCGAGUUCAGUAGAUGUUAGUCAGGGAAGACUUCGAGUAGUGGCAGAAACAAUACAGCACUCCUUGUAUACGUCUUUGGUUCAGCUCCGUAAAGGUGGUACUGGUAAUGCUUCUGUGGCAGGGGCUUUCACAGGUUGAUGUUCUAUUAUUGUACUGUACUAUAGUUCUGCUGAUAGCUUCUUUGUCCUCAAAUUGUAUUUCUAACGUAGCUGUGGCUAAUGGUAUGGAGUUAAGUACGUUGAAGAGUAAAUCUCAAGAAUGGGCUAAUUUGGCUCAAGGGUUUUACUCUGGCAAGAGGCCUUUGAGUGCCUUCCUAAUGUGUAAGUAAUUGUGGUUUUCACUAGAUACAAUCUUUCUCAGUGAUGGCACAGCCUCAUUUUUUGGAGAGCAUUGAACACUUGUGUAUUUCUUUUACUUAGAGUUGUCCAGAAUAUGCAAGAGUCUUCAUAGCUGUACAAAAUGAUGAUUUUAGAAGGUUUUGCAUCUUGAUUUCA